AUGUCCAAAGAAGUCAAAAAUGGUAAAGAAAAACUUGUGCCUGGAGAUAUAAUUAGAAUGGGCGAUGGAAGGAAGCUUAGUGAAAAAUUUUACGAACAUGUGAACAUCGGGGCAUACUUGCACAAUUACACGGGGAUUUGGACUCUGGGAUUGGAUAUGUUGCCAACAACUGGGCAACGAACUUUAAAUUUGUUUGUAUAUAAGGGCUGUGCCUGUGGAAUGGAGGCGUGGGUGGGUUUUAAAGAUAGCUUGGUACCUGCGUCUGCUGGGUGUUGGUGUGGGAUUUGGAUAUGUGGGAUGGGAUUUGGUCUGAUUAAGGGGAUUCGGGUGGAUUAA